GCCACUCAAGAGCAAAUUGUGAUACCUUCACUGAAGCCUCGUACAUCAAAUGAAUUCCCACGACAGCACUGAGCGUGCCUGCAGCUCAUCUGCAUGGCAGAACAUUGGGUCAGAUCUCGAGAUCCAGCUAAUUUUCUCGUGAGAUCUUCGUUGUCUCUAAUCUUUUUCAACUUAACAACUUGAAAAAGCGUUUCACCAUGGUGCUUGGAAAAGUGAAGAGUUUCUUCAUAAGCUAUGACUGUCUGAAUGAUAGCAAUGUCCCUGUUUUCGCAAGUGGGGACUGCGUCUCAGGAAGAGUUAUCAUCGAUGUCACUGGAGAAAUUCGUGUGAAAUCGUUGAAUAUUCACGCCAAAGGACUGGCUAAAGUUCGCUGGACGGAAUCACGUAGUGGUGGUUCCAACACUGCCUAUACACAAAAUUACACUGAGGAAGUGGAGUAUUUAAACCAUAGAGACAACUUAAUUGGACACGACAGAGAUGAAGACAGUUGUGAGGAGGGUCUGACUGUCCUUCAGUCUGGCAGACAUGAGUAUGCCUUCAGCCUGGAGCUGCCCCAGAUGGCACUGGCCACAUCCUUUGAAGGGAAACAUGGCAGUGUCAGGUACUGGGUGAAAGCUGAACUGCACAGGCCCUGGCUUCUACCCAUGAAAACAAAGAAAGAAUUCACUGUCUUUGAGCACAUUGACAUCAACACCCCUGCACUGCUGUCACCCCAGGCUGGCACUAAAGACAAGACCCUCUGCUGCUGGUUCUGCACUUCUGGCCCAGUUUCCCUCAGUGCCAAAAUCGAAAGGAAAGGCUACACACCAGGAGAAUCCAUCCAGAUCUUUGCCGAAAUAGAGAACUGCUCCUCACGUGUGGUCGUGCCAAAGGCAGCUCUGUAUCAGACACAGACGUUCUGUGCCAAAGGAAAGGUGAAGGAGAUCAAACAGCUGGUGUCCAACCUGCGUGGGGAUUCUCUGUUGCCUGGAAAGACUGAGACGUGGAAUGGGAAAAUACUGAAGAUUCCCCCUGUCUCUCCUUCCAUCCUUGACUGCAGCAUUAUCCGCGUGGAGUAUUCUUUAAUGGUGUAUGUGGACAUUCCACGGGCGAUGAACCUUUCUCUGAGUCUCCCUUUGGUGAUUGGCACCAUUCCCCUCCAUCCCUUUGGCAGCCGCACCUCCUCCAUCAGCAGCCAGUGCAGCAUGUCCAUUAACUGGCUGGGAAUGUCUUUUCCUGAAAGACCUGAAGCUCCUCCAAGCUACUCUGACAUCAUCGCCGACGGGAUUCCACACAACGCUCCGCAGGUUCCGAGCCCCCCGGAAGAGCCGGAGGAACUGCUGCUCGCCUACAUCCAGAAAUUCCGCCUCCUUCCUCCGCCUCUCUACUCCGAGAUUGAUCCAAACCCAGAGCAGGCGAUGCUGACUGACAGCUGUCCAUCACGCUGAGUGGGUGGAGCUUCCUGACCAGGACUAAUGUCUACAUGUUUAACCCACCUGUGUGACCAGACCGAUCACCUGCAGUGGCUACAGAAGACAAAUGUCUCACAGAAAAGUGACUCGGAUUUCCACUGGUAGACCUAUAACACGUGUAUUCUGGGACCUGAAGUUGGUUGACCAGAUCAGAUGUAAUCCAGUGGAUCUCUCUGUGUAAUGCUCAGGUCCAUUCGUGGAAUGAAGGCUCCGACGGGAUGUUGACUGUAUCCGUCAAACGGAAGAGAGAGCCAGACCACGGGUUGUUCAUCUCUCUCGUCCCUUGACCGCAGGACGCCGGAGCCGGUUGUUUGGUCUUCGUUUCCGCUGUGACCUUUUGAAAUGGCCGAGAACCAGGGGUGGUGUUCCUGAGGAGCUGUGAUGGGAGGCCACAUUUCCUUACACUGGUCCCCUGCUUCACUCCUCACCCCCUCACCCCUGCUUCACUCCUCACUCCCUCAGGCUGACGUCUCACUGUCACUCUGAACUGCCUCGUCUGAAAUCAUGACAAAAUAAGAAAAGAAUUCCGAGGACGAGAGAACUGAGUGAGGUCGCA